UGUGAUUAGGUUGGAUUUACAAUUUAACAACAAAGUACACUCAUUAGUUAAUAGUUUUAUUAAAAAAAUUAAAUUCAAAUACAGUUACGAUUUUGGUUUUACAUUUAAGUUAUAAAUACUUAUUACUAUAAUUUCUGCAUUGCAAUGGGUCAAGGAAAAAGCCAAUUCACGGAAGAAGAACUUCAAGAUUAUGAGGAUCUUACAUAUUUUACCAAAUCCGAGGUUUUAUAUGCUCAUCAGAAGUUUAAAGAAUUGGCACCUGAAAAAGUGGGACAUAACAAGAAUGCAAAGCUUCCAAUGGCUAAAAUUCUACAGUAUCCAGAAUUACGAGUGAACCCAUUUAGAGACAGAAUUUGUAAGGUGUUCAGCUCAAGUAAUGAUGGUGACUGUACUUUUGAAGACUUUCUAGACAUGAUGUCUGUGUUCAGUCAGAAUGCACCAAAAUCUGUGAAAGCAGAACAUGCAUUUAGGAUUUUUGAUUUUGAUGGCGAUGACAUGAUUGGUGUGUCUGAUCUCAGUGAGGUGGUUGAACGGCUCUGUGGAGUAGAACUGAAACUUAGUGAAUCUGAAAUACAGGCAUUGAUCCAAAAUGUAUUACAAGAAGCCGAUUUAGAUGACGAUGGAGCUCUUUCAUUUGCUGAGUUUGAGCAUAUCAUAGAUAAGAGUUCAGAUUUCUCCCAUUCUUUCCGGAUUCGGCUGUAAUAUAAGAGAAGAUAAACAUUUAUUGUAAUAUUAUAUGAAUCUCAUAUGAAUAGAUAUGUCAUUAUGUCUUAGAAUGUAAUUAUGAAAUACCCAAGUUAUGGUGAACUUUCCAAUUUGGAAAUCUAGAGUCUAAUCAUUAUUGUCUUCCUAUUAACAGUUAUUAGAACAUUUUAUUAUUUAUUAAAAACAUUUUCUUCCA